UUUGCAGUCGCUCGACUAUCAGCGGACGCUGAUCUUGAAACCACUACAAAGAGAGCGCAUCACAGACACCGCCGGCCAGUAGAUAUCAAGCCGCCCAGACCUCAGCAUCUCGAGAUCAAAAUGUCCGCACGCAUUGCAGCCGUGCUUUUGUUUGCAGUUUGCGCGUGUGCAAGUCCCGGGCACAUUGACUUCGUGUUGGACCAGCUCCUGUCGAGCGCCGGCGUCGACGUGCUUCCGCUUCCAGACAUCUCAUUCGACGUGGACAACCAGGGAAACUGGACGUUCUCGGGGUACGUCGAGUUCCACCUGCAAAACGGGACACUGGUCAACUUGCGCAGAAGGGUACGACGAGUAGGUGACUGCGGCCUGCGCGGCGACCAGGAUAACGGCUCCCCUUUUGUCGAGAUUUGGUGCAACUUGAACGUCCGGGGUGUGGUCGCCCGUUACGAAGUCGAGGUCAUCGCCGACGACCGAUCGAACACAGUGGUCGCCGAACUGCUCGUCGACACCGGCAACAUCUACUUCAAGCUCGAGGCGCGCCAGGACAACUGCACGGAAUGUUCGCAAAUAACGGAUUUCCAGGUGACCGAAGUUACAGCCCGGAUGAAGCCUCUGGCACAGUACAUGGACUACAUCGCCGAAGUUGUGCAGAAAUUCGAAAGUGAAGUAGUCUCUCGGGCACCGAGGCACAUAUCCUACGCAUUUAGCACGGCUUACAAGCGGGCACUGGCUGAGAGGAUCUCUCCGCUGAAAGCCACAGACUUCACGGAUCUUGCCUAGACGAAAGCAGCAAAACCAAGUUUGAAAUGUAAUAUGAAAUGUAAUAAACACACCGCUGAGAUGGCGAAUAAA